AUGCCUAGUGACGCCAGUACCGGAUAUGUCGAUGAUCAACCUGGUGACGAAGCUUAUAAGAGGGGCGCUUUGUACAAGCAAACUAAAGCCCGGCGUGCCGACUACGACAGUGACAAGGAAGCCAAGAGACCGUGUACCGAGGAUUCUGACGUGGCUCUAGCAGGGACUUCCGAGGAGAAGGAGGCAAGAUUGCCGAAGCGGAAGGUAGCCGUGAUGGUGGGGUACUGUGGGACCGGCUACCACGGGAUGCAGUACAACCCUCCCAACAGGACCAUUGAGGCGGAGCUGUUCGAGGCGUUUGUCAAGGCAGGCGCGAUCUCGAGGGCCAACUCGACGGACCUGAAGAAGAAUGGCUUCAUGCGCGCCGCGCGGACGGAUAAGGGCGUGCACGCGGGCGGAAACGUGAUCUCCCUGAAGCUGAUCAUCGAAGAUCCGGCCAUCAAGGACAAGAUCAACGAGCACCUGCCCCCGGGAAUCCGUGUUUGGGGCAUUAGCCGUGUCAACAAGGCGUUCGACUGCCGCAAGCUGUGCGGGUCGAGGUGGUACGAGUACCUGCUGCCAACUUACUCGUUCAUAGGCCCCAAGCCAAACACGUACCUGGCUCGCACGAUCGAGCAAUGCGGCGAGGCCGCCUCUGAAAAGCCUGACAGAGACCAGGAAUCGCUGGACUUCUGGGAGGCGUUCCGCAAGGCGGUCGACGAGAAAUUCACUCAAGAGGAGCAGGACGCGAUUGUCAACUACGUCGCGCCAAGCAAGGAGGACUUCGACGAAAACAGCGGCCUGUACCAGAAGGUGAAGCAAUACAAACAGAUGGAGAACGCACACCGCAGAUCUUAUCGUGUGUCCUCCGCGAAGCUUGCUCGCUUCCGCGAAGCGAUGAAGCAGUACCUGGGUCCGCACAACUUCCACAACUACACGCUUGGAAAAGACUUCAAGGACCCCAGCACCGUGCGCUUCAUGAAGGACAUCACUGUGUCAGACCCCUUCGUGAUCGGCGAGAUGAAGACUGAGUGGGUCUCCAUCAAGAUCCACGGCCAGUCCUUCAUGCUGCACCAGAUUCGGAAGAUGAUCUCCAUGGCCACCCUGGUGGCCCGCUGCAAUUGCUCCCCGGAGCGCAUUGCCCAGUCCUACGGGCCCCAGAAGAUCAACAUCCCCAAGGCGCCGGCCCUGGGCCUCCUGCUGGAGAGCCCGGUCUACGAGGGCUACAACAAACGCCUGCUGGAGUUUGGCUAUGAGCCCAUCGACUUCCGCAACUAUCAGAAAGAGAUGGACACGUUCAAGAUGGUCCACAUCUACGACAAGAUUUACAAGGAGGAGGUCGAUGAGAACGUCUUCAACGCUUUUUUCAAUUACAUCGAUGCAUUCAACCAGGUCACGGGCGCCCAGGGGGAGCCCACCAAGUCUCACGACCCUGCCAAGAUCCAGCUAAGCAUAAUUGACUUUCUGCUGCCCUGCAGCUCAUCGCCUCAAGAAAACGCCUCACCGGAGGCGCAGAAGGCCCCCGAAACCCCGGCUGGAGACAAUACGAUCUCGGCAGAGCAGCCAAAAACUGCUACCGAGGUCCCCACCACUCAAUCGGAUGCAUAG